AUAGUGUCAAUGUCUGGUUAAAAAUCGGUUACUUUUCGACUUUACGAUCGUGUCGUGUUACGAUAUAACUUCAUAAAAGAAAAGGACUGAAAUUACUGAAUUUAGUGACAUAUUAGCAACGAUGAACAGUCCCCUUCAUGUAGAAGUGGUACAGAAGAGACAAAGUCGGUCGAGUAAAGAUUUCAUCAAAGGCAUAGUGCACUCUUAUUUAUCUAGUUUUGCAUGCUUGACUCCCGGUGCAAUCAUAACCGCCAACGAUUUAGAAGAGAAUUUAGAGCUCAGGGAACAUGUCCAGUCAAUCGCUUUCUGUGAUCUAGAUCACGACUCCGAAAUACAAAUGACCAGCACGGAGCUCGUUUACCAUGUCUACAAACUCGACAACUUCGGUGCCGAGACGGACACGAUGACCGACACAGCCUCCGGCGAUGAGCUCGCUGCCGCCGACGUGUGGGCUCUGCCCUCCGAGGAGUUCCACGGUCUCUGGGAGAGCCUCGUCUACGACUCGAAGUUAAAGGAAGACACUCUAAGGUUCGCCGAGACCGCGUUCGAGUUUGCAGACCGCGGUGUAGACUCCACCGUCGUCGGGUGCAACCGCGUGCUUCUGCUGCACGGGCCGCCCGGCACCGGCAAGACGAGCCUGUGCCGCGCGCUCGCUCAGAAGCUCGCCAUCCGCCUCGGAGACCGCUUCCCGCGCGCGCGCCUGCUAGAGAUCAACGCGCACGGGCUGUUCUCCAAGUGGUUCUCGGAGAGCGGCAAGCUGGUGGCGCGCCUGUUCGACCGCGUGCGCGACAUCGUCGAGGACCGGCGCCUGCUCGCCUGCGUGCUCGUGGACGAGGUGGAGUCGCUGGCGCACGCGCGCCGCGCCGCGCUGGCCGGGCUCGAGCCGUCCGACUCCAUCCGCGCCGUCAACGCCAUCCUCACGCAGCUGGACCGGCUGCGGCGCCACCCCAACGCGCUCGUGCUCGCCACGUCCAACGUGACCGGCGCCAUCGACGCCGCCUUCAUCGACCGCGCCGACGUGAAGCGGCGCGUGGGGCCGCCGUCGGCGCGCGCCGCGUACGAGAUCCUGCGCGGCUGCUGCGGCGAGCUGAUGGCGCGCGCGGUGGUGGCGCCGCGCGAGCAGCUGUUCGCGCUGCGCGUGCUGGAGGGCUCGCGCUUCGCGGAGAGCGAGACGUCGCGCGUGAGCCUGCGGCUGUGGGCGGUGGCGCGCGAGGCGGGCGCGGCGGCGGCGUCGGCGCGCGCGCUGCGCCGGCUGCCGCUGCUGGCGCGCGCGCUGCACACGCGGGCCCCGCCGGCGCCGGCGCCCACGCUGCCGCGGUUCGUGGAGGCGCUGCACGCCGCGCUGCGCCAGCACCUGCGCGACGCCGCCGACCUGGACGACGAGCCCCCGCCCGCCGCGCUCGAGACGUAACCUUUGUGGCGCUGGAUGUCGUUUAUUAUGCUUUGUGAUACUAUUCUAUAGGGGAAAAGUGUAGGUUUGUAAGCUCAGAUUGCUAAACUUUAGAUUGAUAAUAUCUCCUGGUUGACAUUAGAAUGUGUAUUUAAG